GAUUUCAAUUGUAUAGUUACUGAUAGAGUCAUAUAUAUCUACUAAUGAUAAUAAGAAAAGAUUUAUACCUAAGAAUUUUAUUCAUUCUAUUCAUUAUAUAUCUUUCUAUGGAUUAUUGUACAACAUUUAAACUAACCAAAUCCCAUUAUCAUCAUCAUCAUCAUCAUUAUUAUGAUUAUUUACCAAGAACAUAUUUAUCAUCAUUACCAUUAGAAAAACGUUAUGAAUUAUUUGAACCAUUAGAUACUAAUUUAGUUAGAGCCAUGUUUAUUGGUCAUACAGAUCAUAUACCUAAUCAUCAAUACAAUAUGAAAACUAAUAAUAUCGAUGAUAAUAAUAAUAAUAAUAAUAUAGAUGAUAAUAUUUAUAAUCCAAGAAAUGAUCGGAAUAAUAAUAAUGAUUAUACUAAUACUAAUAAUAAUAAGAAUGUAGAUGAAGCAUAUUAUACAAAUUCAAAAAAUCAUCUUGGAAGUCUCAUGAGAUAUGGAUGAAUGAAUGUAAAUGAAGAAGAAUGUAGAAGAAACAACAACAAUAUAUAUACGAAGAGUAAUUAGGCAUUCAACAAUGACACUUAUAAACAGAAUGAAACAAUUCAU